UGUCCAUCCUCUGCUUGGCGAAGUUAAAGGCAAACGUGGCGUGAUGAGUCAUACAGCUUUGCACGUCCCAAACUGCUUUUUAAAGGGCUUUUGGCACUGUCAGACGACGACCACUGUUACUUUCUGCCAUGCUGAACUCUACAGCGGUCCAAAUACUGAAAGGCGUCGGAGUCGCUGCCCUGACCUGCCUCAGCGGUUAUUACCUCCUUACUCGCACAAGACAUGGUCGUCGGGUCAGCCGCGCUGGACUCCUUUACAUUCUUUACAGCCUGCCAGACCAAAUCAAACCCGACACACCAUUUCCCCAGCGUGUUCAACCACACGGCCCGCUGGAAAAAGUGACAGAUGGUUUAUGGAUUGUUACCGGAAUUGUUCCUGGUUCAAACAUGCCCAGAAUAAUGCCAGUGUACAGGCCGCCAAACUCUACUUCCCUCCUGCUGUACUCUGUCCUCUGUGCGGAUGAAUCAACAAUGGCCGAGAUUGACGCACUCGGUACAGUUACCCAUAUCUACAUACCAUGUUCCUGGCACACAAUCGACGCGGCAGCGUACAAGACGCGCUACCCGAACGCCAAGCUGAUUGCCCCGCGUGCUUCCCUCCCACGAAUCAAGGACAAAGUGAAGGCUGAGGUUCAAGCUGCUGAAGACCUUUUCCCGGCGUGGACACACAGUGACGAUGUCACUCCCGUUGGACAUGGUACUAUGGAGCAAUGUGUUCGACUCGUGGCUCCCCAAGGAGUGUCCUCUGAAUUUGAUGAAGUCGAAUUACUGAUCACACUGCCAAAUUCGACAAAGACAGCUCCCCGCCACGCGCUACUUCUUAAUGAUCUGCUGCAAUCCGGCGGCGGGGAUACCUUGAAGUUUCAGACAAUCGGUCUCGUCUUGAUGGUGGAUCGCGUAAAAGCUGUCCGAGAUUGGUUCUCUACGUUGAUGGAAGACGUUGUACGAAAGAGGAACGUGGAGAUCUUGACGCGUAGCCAUGGCAAGCCUAUUAUUGGCAGCACAACGAUUGAACGUCAGCUCAGAAUCGCGUUGGGCAGUCUAUAGGCAUUUCUGGCAAGGAUCGGCCGCCCAGCGGUGUUAUACUAUGCCAGAAAUUCAACAAUAUUUAAGUCAAAUAUCCGGUGUGGUUAUCCCUGCCAGGUUCGACGGGUUUACAGCAUCUGAUGAAAUGGACUGCCCAUUAGCAAAGCAAUACAAGAAUAGGCGAUUGCACCCCGCAAUUUGCCAAUCCAUAC